AUGCCCGUCGCUAAGGUUUCUCCCUCCAUGCUCUCUUGCGAUUUUGCCUACUUGGCUGCAGAGGCCAAACGUAUGGAAAAGAAUGGCGCUGAAUGGCUUCAUCUUGAUGUUAUGGAUGGUCAUUUUGUUCCUAAUCUUACUUGGGGUGCUCCUAUCAUCUCUGCCAUUCGUCCUCAUACCGAAGCCUAUUUUGAUUGCCACAUGAUGGUUUCAAACCCUGCUCAAUGGGUGGAUGAUAUUGCUAAGGCUGGUGGACAAAUGUACACUUUCCAUAUCGAAGCUACCAAGGAACCACUGGCCUUGAUCAAGCAAAUUCAUGCAGCCGGUAUGCAAGCUGGUGUCGCUAUCAAGCCCAAUACUCCCAUCGAAUCUGUUUUGGGUGAAGUUGCUGAAAACUGUGAUAUGAUUUUGGUCAUGACAGUCGAACCUGGUUUCGGUGGCCAAAGAUUCAUGGCUCAAUGUAUGCCCAAGGUGGAGGCAUUGCGUCGUAAAUAUCCCAAAUUAGACAUUGAGGUUGAUGGUGGCCUUUCUCUCGAGACCAUUGAUGCCUCUGCUGAUGCUGGUGCUAAUGUCAUUGUUGCCGGUACUGGUAUCUUCAAGGCCGAGAAGCCUGAUGAGGUUAUCUCCACUUUCAAGGAAAAGGUCAACAAGGCACAAGAAAAGUUUGCAUAA